CGCGUUCACCCUGGGGCCGCUGACGGCCUCGACGCUGGAGCGCGCCGUGGCCUCUGCGGGCGCGGGCCGGCACCUCGCGGUGGAGAUGCCGCUCGGCGACGGUGCCCCCUGCGAGCCGGGAAGGGACACGGCAAGCGAUGGCGUCAGGCACCAGGCGACCGUGCGGUGGGUGUGCCCCGCCUCUUGGAGGACGGAGCCGCCGGAGCGCGACGGGGGGCACUCGGCGCUCCUCGCGGUGGAGCAGGUCGGCCGCUGCUCGUGGGUGGCUUGGUUCGCGUCGCUGCUGCUCUGCGCAGAGGAGCGGCUCAUGCCCCCGCCCGCAGCCGACCUCCGCACCUCCUGCCGCGAGCGGCGCCCCGAGCGGGCCGCGGCCAGCGCCGCGGGCGGCGACGGCGGCGAGGACGCCGGCCUGGCCGCCGGCGCCCCCGCGCCCCCCGGGGUCGUCGUGCACGACUCUGCGCAGUCACCGGACGGCACCGGGCAGGUCAGCGCGGUCAGCGACGUCCUGGACGACCACGCCAGCUUUGAGGAGUUCUGGGCGCAGAUGGUGAGCCUGCUGCAGAGCCCCGUGAGGCUGGGGCUGCUGAAGGACUCCAGGCUCGCCGCGGCAUCGCCUGAGAGCUCAGAGUUCACCGUCACCCACAUUCUGGACGGGGCGCUCCUCAAGAAGAUGGCACGGGGCGGAGGCGAAGACCAGUCGCACGAGUUGCGCUACGAGGUGGACAAGGAUAGGGGCACGGUGCGCACGGAGCUGCUGGACCAGCACGGGGUCCCUAGCCCAGAGGUGGACUACAUGGUGCUUCACAGGAGCCCGCUGCGCCUCGAGUCGUGGGGGCGGCUGCCCAGCGUCCGCCGCGGCGGCGAGCGCAAGGCCGAGAGGCUGCAGGCCAUACUGGAAGCCGUGGUCGCCCGGGGGCCGAUGGGGCGUGGGCGCGUCGAGGUGAGCCCGAACGUGCAGGUGCCCCCCGACUCGGGGCUCUACCGGGCCGUGUCCGGCCCGCUGGACGGGCUGAUCGGUUUCGAGGAGCUCUGGGCCGGCAUCGUCAGGUUCUGCCGAGGCGGCUGCACGGGCGAGGGGGCGGAGUUCACGGCGAAGUGGGUCACGGAGGGGCCCUCGGAGGACGGCGUGGCGCACUACCGCUUGGACGAGGAGCUCGGCGAGAUCUACUGCCGGGCCGAGACCACGAGCCUGCGGCAGCUCGAGGAGGAGCGGAUCCUCGUGGCGCGCGACCCGCUGCGCGUGGAGCUGUGGGGGGAGGCGCCCGGAGAGCGCCGGGUGGGCCGGCUGCGGGUGGCCCAGGUCCAGGACCUCAUCAACACGGUCCUCGCCAGGCUGCACGGCGGUUCCCGCAGCGGGGCCCAGGUCCAUUGCGGGGCGCCCUCGUGGGAUGCUCCUGGCUCGCACAGCGUAUUGUCCGAGCCACUGGACGCGUUGUGCGACUUCGAUGCGCUGUGGGACGCGUGGCUGUCGCUCAACAAGGAAGCCCGCCAGGCGGGCGAGUCUCAGCGGCUUUAUUCAGAGGCGCCGAGAGCGGCCCAGAAGAUUUGGUCGCCCCAGCCCCGCACCUUAAAGGACCCGUCGACAGAAGACGAGCCCAAGGAGGUCGAGAUUUUACAGGACACGGCGUCCGAGUUCCGGAUACGGAAGACCGUAGAGCCAAGCGAGGACCAGGGGGCGAGGCCGUCCGAGCAGACGAGGUACACGGUACGGUGCGAGGGGAAGGCUUGCGUGAUGGCCGAGACGCAGCUGCGCAGCGGCCAGAUCCGCGACCGGACUUGGCUCGUGUUCCACAGUGACCCCCUCCUGCUCGAGUGGUGGUGCGAGAAGCCCGGGGACCGCCGGUUCGGACCUGCCAAGGUCGCCAUCGUCAAGGGCUAUUUGGAGACGAUCAUGCAGCGGGUGCAUCCCGACUCGCACGACAGCCGCAGGAUCCCCGUGGAAAGCGGCGCGCUGUCCCCAGACGGCUCUGGUCAAAGGAGCGUCAUGACUGGCCCGCUGGACAGGCACCUCGAUUACGACCGGAUGUGGUUCGAGCUGCUGGACUUGCUGAAGUACCCUGCCCGAGUCGCAGAGCUGACCGUGCUGUCCGACACGGAGUUCAUCGUCGCGGAGGAGAGGGAUGGCAAGAGGUUCUCCGUACAGUGCACCGCCGAACAGGACACCGGCCGCUUGACGCUGGUGGCCCACGAGGAGUCGGGCAGGAUAGCGUCGUGGGACUUCGCGGUGCUCCACAAGGAGCCGCUGCGGCUCGAGUGGUGGGGUGAGGGCAUGGGCCAGCGGUUCGUGGGGCAGGAGAAGGCCAAGAAGCGGCCAGGGGAAGAGAUGGUGCCCAGCCUCAGGGAGGCGAAGCUCGUGGAGGUCUCCGCCACGGAGUUCGUGGUGCAGCACUUCUUGCACGUUCCGGCGCCGCAGAAGGACGUGCACUGCAGGUUCAACAAGGAGCAGGGGUGGUUCAGGGCAGAGGUCUACAGCUUGAAGGGGCAGCUUGAACUGAGGAGCUGGACGAAGUUCCAUAAGGACCCUCUGAUGAUCGAGUGCUGGGGCGAGAGAAAGAUCGAACGCCACUAUGGAGAAACCCGGUGCUCCCAGAUCAGGGCAAUCAUCGACAGCGUCCUCCACAAGGUCUCGGCGCCCAGAGUUCGCGAGAAGGUCACCGUCACCUCAGACGCAAAGUUACAGAAGGUCGUCACGGCCCCACUGGGCGCCGUCGUCACCUACGAAAGGUUGUGGGCCGAGGUCGUUGAGCUCUGCAAGAGACCCCCUGCCAAGGGGCUGCUCAAGGCCACGCCCGGCUCGCAAAGUGCGGACGCGGGUCCAGUACGUCAGAAGCCACGAAUGUGCUAA